AUGCCGACCCAGGCGGCUAGUGCGUCGUCGUCUCGGACCCCACGCAAAUUCGAGGAGCUGCGUCGUGCGGCCACGAAUGAGGUGAGCGCAUCUCUCUCAUGCGCGCGCCUCCACGCUAGCAGUCCUCAGCCCCCGCGCGCAGACAUCCAGGUGCCAUACACGCUCGGCCCUAACAUCGCAAGCAACCUCUACCACGUCCCGAUCGUGCGUUCACAGCUGACGCGCGCGUUGCCCGUGCUGCUCCCAGAGUUGCGCGAUGAGAUUGUGUGUGCGUUCGGCGACGCCGUCGGAAUGUCCGACGAGUGGAAAGCCGUGCCUGCAAUGGAGGUUUACAAGGGAGGCAUGCCGACCCAGGCGGCUAGUGCGUCGUCGUCUCGGACCCCACGCAAAUUCGAGGAGCUGCGUCGUGCGGCCACGAAUGAGGUGAGCGCAUCUCUCUCAUGCGCGCGCCUCCACGCUAGCAGUCCUCAGCCCCCGCGCGCAGACAUCCAGGUGCCAUACACGCUCGGCCCUAACAUCGCAAGCAACCUCUACCACGUCCCGAUCGUGCGUUCACAGCUGACGCGCGCGUUGCCCGUGCUGCUCCCAGAGUUGCGCGAUGAGAUUGUGUGUGCGUUCGGCGACGCCGUCGGAAUGUCCGACGAGUGGAAAGCCGUGCCUGCAAUGGAGGUUGUGAUGGACGUCGUCGCUCGCACGAGCAACCGGCUAUCCUUCUCCAUCGACGUCUUCACGGGCGCCGCGAUCGUUAGCCUCUUCCCGAGCGUCUUCAAGCCAAUCGCCCGGCGCCUGCUCACGAAGGUCCCGCAGCGCAUCGCACGUGUUAUGAAGCACCUCCAGCCCAUGAUCGAAGAGCGCGGCAAGGACUGGCAGGACAAACCUCUCAUUCGCAGAAUGACCUGCUCCAGUGGCUCACGGAUACCGCACAGGGCGAGGAACGCACCAUGCGCGCGCUCGUGCUGCGGGUACUUACGGUCAAUAUUGUGGCUAUACAUACCUCUUCCUUGGCAUUCAUAAAUGCGCUGUCCCUCCUCGCAGCGCACCAUAAAUGUGGUUUGGAACGUCGCUUGUGCCUAACAGGAAGGCGCAGGUGCUCUUCAGGAAGAGAAAGGCUUGAUUUUCCACGUCGUAUUUGACAGCGGGCACUCGGGUAUUGAUGUGUAGAAAGCAAACGAGGAAGUAAGCAAGGUGGACCAGGCCUGUCGGUAUUUCCAUUAUUUAAUACAGACAGCUGCCUACCAUCAAUCACACUAUAGAGGCUGAUUCAAUUUCCCUUGCAACGCAUAUUCAUAGCGA